AUGUCUGUGUUAGUGAAUACUUUCUCGAAACAUUCCAAAGAUGUAACAUCAUGCAGUUUUUCACCAAACAGCAAAGUCUUAGCUUCAAGUUCCGGCGACAAAAGCGUGCGACUUUGGAACGUUGAAAAAGGAACAGAGCUGUCGAUUUCACCUUUGCUCGGGCACUCGUAUGGUGUAAAUUCUUGCCGAUUUUCACCGUUUGGAACUCUACUUGCGACCGCUUCAACAGAUGGUAAUGUUCAUCUUUGGGAUGUGAACACAGGGUCUGUGGUUGCGGUUUUGCAAGGACACAAAAGUGGUGUUAGAGUUUGUCGUUUCUCCCCAAAUUCACGCUUUCUCGUGACCGGUUCAGCAGAUGAAUCUUUUUGCAUUUGGGAUGUCUCGUCGAAAACAUUAGUCCGUUGUGUGGAGAAGCUAGAAAGUAGCGUUAUGACUUGUUGUUUUACGCCAGAUAGCUUGUAUAUAAUAACAGGUACGAGCAUGGGAGAUUUGAGUAUAUGGGAAGCACAGACCGGUAAAAUGACCAAGUUUUAUGCCGAGGGACAUGAUCUAGGAGUUGCAGACUGCUGCUUUUCUUCAACUUAUGGAUCUGCAAGUAGGUGCCGUUCAGUUUGUUUUUAUGUACUUGCUCUUCUUCUGAAACUGUGUUUAAGUCUUAGUUUAUCGUACUACAGAGAUGGAUAAGGGUGUCUACUUAUAGCUGGGCAGGUAUUUAUAUUGAUAACUUCAACCAUAUGAAUUGUUAUGAAGGAUAAUGUACAUGUUCAUCAUGAUGUGCACAUGUUUCUGAAGAUAAUAUCAAAACUUUUCUAUUGACAGAGAGUUUGAACGUGAUGGGCAUUUUAUAUUGUGAUUUUUAAUUAUUUUAUAUUCUGGGAAAAUGAUCCUUUUUAAACAAAAACUUAACUCUAGUUUUGUUUAUCUGCAGUAUUUUAAAUUUUAAUGUCAAUGAAGUAAAAUAAUAUCAAUAAUGGGCUUGUUAAUUUCUCUUCUAAACAGGUGCACUCUGUUGUUUUUAAACUUAAUUACUUAAGGGAAGAAAAAAUAUGGCAUAUAAAUGAAGAAAUUAGUUACCCAACCCAAACUUAUUUUUAAAAUGUAUGAUUUUAAAGAUGUAAACCCCCUCCUAAUAGUUUCUGAUUCCAUGAUCAUGUACUAUUUUGUGAUGCUGUAACAUAAAUAUGGUAAUAUUAUAUGACUUGAUCAAUGAAAUAUGCAUUUAUUUUGUACUUUGCAUUUAACAAAACAACCACUCUUUACCCCUUGUAUUAAUUAUUUCUAAGUACAGUGGGUCUAUUAUAGGGGGUCGACCAUUCCACAAACUGCCUUAUUUAGGUGGUGUCCCAAAGUAGAGGUUUCACUGUAGUCUUCAUCAGGCAAUGAGGUCAGAUGGUUACACAUAACCUUGUAAAGCCCAAUGCUCUGCUGUGAUUGGUUACUUUUUAAUAGCUGUAAUUUAAUGCAUUUCAAUUGUCCCUGUUCCAGUGAGAUGGCCAAUGUUUUCCAAAAUGUGGCAGUCGACCCUUUGAAGCCUGGCCUUCUGUCAUAUUACCUCCCCAGAGGGGAGACAGCAGAAAUUAAUUAUGCCUUCCAUUUCCUGCCCUGCUCAAUUGUUCUAGUCCAAAAAGGCAAUGUUCUUCAGGUUUUUAAGAAGAAGCUUGAGUAAGCAGGUUUCAAGAAAAAAAGAAGCGACUCAGUUUUCUGGGCUUAGAUACUCUGUUCACAAAACUGCCACCACACAUGCAAAAUCGGAAAACCGCAUGAUAAAGUUACAAUUUUCCACAACAACACAAUGAUUUCUUAACCAUAAACUGCCGCACGAAUACAACUGUGACCGCUAAACGACACUCAAAAUUGGCUAAAACCACCAAACCGUAAGUUUCAGACCUUCAGUACAUCUACAUGUAUCAUACAUGGUGCUAUUAAAAACAAUGUUUAUAAUAGUUUUUCAAAGGCUAUAGAUAUAGUUAUCUGUAAUAACACCAAAGACAAUAUUCUCUUGUGGGAGCCUGAGAAAGUUAAUUGCAAAUUUCAUAGGAAUUGUAACAACAAAGGUAAAAUUUCCUGCAUAAGAUUUCAUUUUGGUCCAUUUUUUGAAAUUCAACAUUUAUUUUCUUGGGCUCCAAUAAGAAAUUUCUUUGGUGUUAUUUAAAACAACUAAUAACAUCUAGUUUUCACUGAAAAAAAUUGAUGUUUUGGAUUGGUGGUCAUUUACAAGAGGUGGUUACACAUGGAUAUUUGAGUGCAUAAAGAUAAGUUACAUCAAUGUUCCACUGUACAUUCUUGGCUAUUGUUUAACAAUGACAACAACAACAAUGUUUAUUUUGUGUGUGAUGCAAAAAAACCACAAAUCAAUAGUUAAUGAUAGUUAAGUGCUUGCCAAUAAAGAAAGCGCAGCCACUUUGAUGCCAUGCAGAUGAGAAGAAGUUUUCAUUAAAUGAUAAAAGAUGCCUCAAUCUUUUGAGUGUGUUUUAUGGCCAGGAAAAUAUGUUAGAGCUCAAAUUAAUCUGCACAUUUAACAAUCAAGGUGAAUAGUGGCUGAAUAUUUACCAUGCUGCAAAGCAGCACGGUAAAUAUUCCUAAAGCCGCUAUUCACUGAGAUUGAAAAGAAUAAUUGUUUUAGUAUAUACACCCAAAGUGAUCUCAACAAAAUAUGAGGAAACCAUUACAAAGUACUUAUUGAUUGAUGGAUCAAAUCACUCAAACUUUAAAACUAGAUCUUUGCAGAUUUUUCAAACAUUUAUCACUUCACAAAAGCAUAAUGGCUUAAAUGGAACUGUUAAAAGUUUGAAUUGUUUCCCUACCUGAGAAGAAAAGUAGAGCUUUGCUGUUUUCUGUUGACUCGCCAAGUUUAAAGCCAAAAGGGUUUGUUGUGUCAUUCUUCGCAUGAAGUGCUGACGAAAAUGGCGGCUUGGUUGCUUGAGGUAAGACGUCGUCUUCCUGUAGCGUUCUGUUUCCUAUUUACUUAAAACGUAGAACUUCUGCAAACAUUUGCUGUCAAUUUUUUUUUGUCAUAAAUAAACUUCGAUUUUUGGGCCAAAUUUUCUUGUUAGGAAACGCUGAGUUCAGGGGACGGCCUCUUGCACAUGAAUAAAUGGGAGUUGUAAACAAUCCAUCAAGCACAAAACUCAGCUAUAGUUAGUUGAAAAAUGCCGUUUUGAAUCCUUUUAAGUUUUUUCUUGCCUUUAAAAAGGUCAACCCAGGAUUUUGUCAACUUUUAAAAGAUCAUUCUCUAAAAAAAUGGGAAAAACACUGAGCUCACACAUUAUCCACUCGCUAGAAGGUGAAUUUGGUGAAUAGUCCAAGAUAGCGAACCAAUCAGAUUGCUUAAAUCACCAAGAUCACCGAGUGUGUAUAUACUAAUAAGAGAUAUUUUAGCAACAUGUUCAUUUUUAAACAAGUUGCAUUACUAAAAUUAUGAACUAUUUGGGGCCAUUCACUUGUAAAGUAAACUGGAUCAUUAAUUUAACCAUGUUAAUAACUAACAAAAUAAAAAGGGUUUUUUAAUUCUUCCCACAGCACUGAAUUUGGAGUCCCCAUUUAUGACUCAAGCUGUAUUUUCUUGUGAUGGCCAUCAACCAGACUGUAAGCUCUGAAUUGCUACUCUAACAAAAAUAGUGCAUGACGCUUAACUUGUCCUGUUUGUUCAAAUAAAGUCUUGAUUGUCUUGUUCUUUUAAGAUAAGUAAUUGGUAAUAUUAUGAUAAGGAGACUCUUUAAACCAAGAGGCGUAGUGUAAUAUCAAGAUAAUAUAACUAGUAUCCUGGCCAAAAAAUGCCCCGAAAUAAGACAUCAUGAGGAAUGGUGGAGACAGAUUGUACAUCUUUAUUCCUUUUGCCUGUGAAAGCCUCUGGAUGCAUUCUCUUUUGCUGAACAGGAAAUAAAAUGAAAUGACCUCACUUUUCAAUAAUUUAAAAUAGUAUAUAAAGCUUCCUUUUUAAAAAUAACAAGCAUUUCUUUUGAGUGACCACUUCAAUUUAACCCUUUAAGCACCAAUAUCCAAAUACAAAUUCUCCACACUAGUCUCCAUACAUUGCAUUAAAGAAUUAGUUGAGAGAAUUUGAUAAAAGAUCAAAGCAUUUUCCCUUUGGUGAUAAUUUUUUUUACCAGUCAUAACCUUUUCUCUCUGUGAUGUAUCGAUAUUGUCACGAGAAAUUGAUGUUGGUCAAUCUUGGNUCCUGGCCAAAAAAUGCCCCGAAAUAAGACAUCAUGAGGAAUGGUGGAGACAGAUUGUACAUCUUUAUUCCUUUUGCCUGUGAAAGCCUCUGGAUGCAUUCUCUUUUGCUGAACAGGAAAUAAAAUGAAAUGACCUCACUUUUCAAUAAUUUAAAAUAAUAUAUAAAGCUUCCUUUUUAAAAAUAACAAGCAUUUCUUUUGAGUGACCACUUCAAUUUAACCCUUUAAGCACCAAUAUCCAAAUACAAAUUCUCCACACUAGUCUCCAUACAUUGCAUUAAAGAAUUAGUUGAGAGAAUUUGAUAAAAGAUCAAAGCAUUUUCCCUUUGGUGAUAAUUUUUUUUACCAGUCAUAACCUUUUCUCUCUGUGAUGUAUCGAUAUUGUCACGAGAAAUUGAUGUUGGUCAAUCUUGGGACUUAGAGAGUUAACCCUUUAAACCCUAAUAUUGAAAUUCAGAUUCUCAUUUGUUGCCCCUAUACUUUACUUCAACAAAUUCUCUCUACUACUUCUGUAGGAAACGUACGUACGUUUCCUAUAGAAGUAGUAGAGAGAAUUUGUUGAAGUAACAGUGAUUCAUCUUGUGUAAUCAUAUCCUUUAUUCUCAUCACCAAUUUGUUUUGUAAAAUAUUCAUAGUACAAGGAGAAUUUGAUGCUGAUCAGUCAUAGAGGUUAAAUGUACCACAUGCUCAUCUUUCUCUCUUUGCUAUAACUGAUCUGUCUCCCUGCUUAUGUCCACCAUGUACAGAUAGGUAAAAACUGUUUUCUGGUUAAAGCAAUAUUCAUCCCAUUAGGAUUGAUAAGUUUUUGGUUAGGGCUUUAAUGUUGGUAACCUAGUUUGAAUACUAAUACAAUGUGCAAGUCUGGAGAAAUGACCUCGUUACAACAUUCACUGUUUUGACGUUAUUCUAAUUUUUCCAAAUUGUUGCCCAUCAUACAUACCUGCAUGGCUAGUACAUUUUAGUAUGAAUUUUAUUGCAUAUUUUGAAUGUAAAACAAUGACAAUAUUCACAUUGAAAUGUACUAGCCAUGGACGUAUGAAUGGUGGGCAUUAAUUUGCAGAAAUUAGCAUAAUGUCAAAACGGUGAAUGUUUGUAACGCAGAUUUUUGGCCAAUUGGUAGGUUAGGUUCGUCUUGAAAUUUCAAGGUGUUACAGUGAGCAAAUCUUAAUUUUUUCAGGCAUUGAUAUAUAUAUAUAUAUAUAUAUAUCAUGAAGGUUAUGUGAUGGGGUUGAUAAAGAAUUCUGUUUAGCUGUUUUAGAGAUAGAGAUAUUCAGAAAAGUGCUAAAAGUCAAAAUUUAGAAUAAAGUUGCAUUUAGACAGGUGGUGAGAAAACAGGUUGGUUUUCAGGAUUGCAAGAAAGAAAUACACCAAAAUUUCCUAGCAUCGAAAUAUGAUUUUAAGAAGCCUUUUGACGCUACUUAAGAUUAAUUUGCGUUAUUUAGAACUUUUUUAUUAAACAUUUUAUCUCAGCUAUUGAAAAUGAAAGGUUUGAAAUAUAUUUGCAUGUUAAUUGAAUUAAAAUAUACAUAAUUUUUUACUUCUCAUGGAGGGUAUUUGCUAAACACCACACUUUGAGUUCCUGGUGUUGAAUUAUUAGUAGCAGGUCUAGAUCACGCAAAAUUUGGAUUUUAUCAAUCUCAAAGUUUUUUUGUUGAUUGUUGUCAUGGUGAUAUUGAUUUUACUGAAAACUACAUUUUGACAAACUUCAAUUCACAGUCAAUCAGUAGUGAAAAGUUUGUAGCAGUUGACAAGGACAAAAUCACUUCUAAGAUGAUUGAAAAACAUCGGUAUGGUCUCCCAAAAACUGUAUCAAAACACCUUAAGGUAUAAUGAGUACUUAGCAGAUAUUCUUCAAAAAGCAGAAUUUAUCAUUGGUCAAGUGGGAUUUUUGCUGUUCUUUCUAUAUUUUAAGGGAGUAGUUCAGUUUUUCUUCCUUGCAACACCUCUGAAAUUCCUAGCAUUUUCUCUAGCACUUUCUCCAAGACUGUUUUCUUUUUCAUGGCACAGUCUAGACUCUGUAAAUAUUCUCGUUGAAGAUAAUAGGUGUCUUUUAUUUUGUUGUUCUGCGUAUUGACAAAUAAAACUUUGGAUGAAACCAGUAUAUCAGCACUGUCCUUUUGAUUACUAGAUUGUAAAACUUGGAUUGCACAUUGGCCUUUUAAUUCUCCAUUGAAUAGGGUCACUUAAGCAGCACUCCAGUUAAUUCUUUAUUAUUAUUAUUCUUUCAAGUUAAGAUCAUGUAGAUCAUAUGAGGGGUCACUAAGACCAUGUGGUAAUUUGUUUCGUUGUAUUUUACUUAACAUUUUAUAUUUCAUCUGUCGGGUCAGGAAGCCUUCUUUGUCAAGUCAUUGACCUAAACCCAUCUCUUAUCUGGAAAAGUACUUAAGUAGGCUACAUUUAAACUAGGAGCAGGAGCUGAAAUAGAUAAGACAACAAAAAAUAAUAUUAUUAUUGAAGCAUGCAAAUCCUUAACAUUCUGUGUACAAUUUUACCCAUACUGUGGCAGGUCCAUCAUACCAUGACACAAGUGGCAGUGCACCAAAUUUCUUACUUGCCUCUGGUGGAAAUGACAACCUUGUCAAGCUUUGGGACAUCUUUACUGCCUCAGGUAUUUAGCUGGAUCUUGUAUUUUCUUGCAUUACUGUGAUGUCAAUGAGUAGCAGCAGGUGAUAUCUUAAGUUAUUCGACAAAUUUGAAGAUACUCUAUUGUUGGUUGAUAGUUCUACAGUCAAGGAUUGUAUAAUGCAAGUUGCAUGGCUUGAAGUCAACAGACAAGAAACUUUCAAGUAUGUGCUCUAAUGAGAGACCAGUGCUCUGAACCUAUGAAAUCCAAGGUGCCCAGCAUAGGAUUUCUAUGAAAAAGACCAAGAUUUUCUAGUCACCCAUUAGCAAGAGUAAAGCUGGCACCUGGGGCUACCGGGCACUACUAGAGCACAGCCCUUACGGAUCAUUAUAUAUAUCUGGGAAACUGUCCACCUACCCCUCCCUUAAGCCAACAUUUUGCCCUAAGUGAGAAGUAAGUGUAAAAGUUAGCUUAGAAAAGGGUAGCAGGGCAGUUUGCCAGAAAUGUAUAAUGAUCCUUGCUUUCUUUAUUGACUGGUCAAAUUUGUGGAUUGCUGGUCAUUUACAGUGUAAUAAUAAAGUAAUUUUCAGUAUGAUAAUAGUCUUGUUUCGUUCCUUAGUGAUGUACAAUGUUUCUGUCUGCUAGUUCCUAAAGGAGAAGCAUCAGUCUUAUUUCACACUCCCUACACGAAGCUCUUUUGUAUUUACCAGUAGUUUGUUUGGUUAUUUCAAUGUUACUUAGUAUUUUUAUUCAAAGACAGACAGUGGAAAAGGAUGGUGUCCAAUAAAAAAUGUUUUGACUUGAUGACUUGACUUAGCCUUAGUAAAAGUUGUUUCAAGUCCUGAAGGUCUAAAAUCCAAAUCAUUGGGGAAACCCAUGUAAACAUGUUUUGUUUUUUCUUCAAGUGUUUGUUUCAUAAUCUUGUAAUUCAAUUGCAUCCUGUUCUUGUAAAUAUAGGAAUUACAGUGGAACCCUGUUGAUACUGUCACCAAUGGGCCAAAAAAUGUGGCCAUAUAAACAAGUUACUGUUAUAACGAGGGUUUUUUUACAAGAAAAUAUGUGGCCAUUUUGCCGGGCAGUCAAAAAAAAGUGGCCGUAAAAACGAGGUGACUGUAUCACCGAGGUGGCCGUAAGGUGGGGUUUCACUGUAUUAUUACAGUAUAAAUCAGUGGGAAGAGAUAAUGCAUUGAGAAAAGAACAUAAUAUAAUGCACUAGAUUGGCAGUCUUACAGUGAGCUAAAUGUGCAUUUUGAACUCUGACUUUUCCAAUUUGAUUUCAGCAUUUUCAGAAGAGUGCCAUAUCCGCAAGCGUUGUUCAUUAAGCGCUCACCAAGGUCCUGUUUAUGGGGUUGCCAUGUCACCAAAUGGAAAGAUACUAGCUUCAGGGUGAGUAGGCGAGUGGCGGCAGAUUACAUGAUUACACUUGACAGUAAGUAUAGGCAUGGCAAUUAGUGGUUGCAGUUUUUUGAUCUGUUAAACUACAAAAUAGCCUGUUUUGCAUUGGCCUUUACCAUAAGAAUUCCUGAAACAAAAGGGUAGGAGUGAAGCAGAAAAGAGAGAGUAAGAUCAACACAGGAGAUUCAUGUACUUAAUGUCAAAAUUUCAUGCUGGCACUUUGCAAAGUGCAAAAAGUGAUUAUGUUUUACUGUUGUCCACUUCUAAACCAGAUGGCUGUUGGUUUAAACGCUUGUCUACAUGUAUGACAUGAUAUCCAGUGUAAAGAAGCUUUGUUCCUACUGAUUCUGUCAUCCCAAGAACAGUGCUCAAAUAACAUCCUCUCCUGGACAAAUAUAUUUUCUGCAAGUAACUUUUAAAGCUUACUUGCCCAAUGGACAAGGGUUCAAGCAAAUAAUCCUCCACCAAAACCAGCAAGCAAAAUGUGAAAGCUGCUUGCUCAAAGGACAAGCUGGUUUUUAAGUAUUUUUUUUUUCAAGUUCUUAGAAAUUCUUAAGUCUUGUGUUUUCAUUGUCUUUGGAAAAAUGAUACUACAGUAUAUGAAUAACAGCUGUUGAUAUAAUCACAUAUUUUUAUGGUUUAAUUUGACAGGGGUGGAGACAAAUUAAUUAUCCUUUGGGAUCCUGUAAGUACAACUAAAACAUGCUUUAAUACUGUUGAACCUUUUAUCAUGCAUACCACUAUGUGCUGAUGUCAGUUUAUUCAAGACACUUCAGUUGGUCUUGAAGAUACCUAUAUAUUUUUGUUUUUUGACUUUACAGCGUGCAAAGAAAGUCGUGUCCGACAGCCCGGGGCUAGUGGAUUUUGCUAUCGGGCUAGUGUUUUUUGUUCUUAACUUGCCCGACGGGCAAGUGCUGUUUUUUGGGGAAAUUCAAAUUACAGAAGGAUUGUUAUCAAUCCUGCCAAUCAAAAAGGGCUUUGGGGCUAACGCUUUGCAUCAGCCACAUGUAAUUACUUCGAGUUUUGAUUGGUUCAAUGUAUUGUCUGUGUCCUAUGUGAUUGGCCAGAGUAAUUACUUUGGUUUUGGUUUUACGACACUCAAACGAAAACCACUCUAUUAUCACAGUUAUAAGUCAGUGGAUAGAGAUAAUGCGUUAAGAAAAGAAAAUAAUAUAAUGCAUUAGAUUGGCAGUCUUACAGUGAGCCAAACGUGCAUUUUGAACUCUGGCUUUUCCAAUUUGAUUUCAGCAUUCUCAGAAGAGUGCCAUAUCCGCAAACGCUGUUCAUUAAGUGGUCACCAAGGUCCUGUUUAUGGGGUUGCCAUGUCGCCAAAUGGAAAGAUACUAGCUUCAGGGUGAGUAGGCAAAUGGUAGCAGAUUACAUGAUUACACUUGACAGUGAGUAUAAGCGUGGCAAUGAGUGGUUGCAGUUUUUGGAUCCAUUAAACUGCAAAGUAGCCUGUUUUGCGUUGGCCUUUACCGUAAGCAUUCCUGAAACAAAAGGGCAGGACUAAAGCUGAAAAGAGAGAGUAAGAUGAGCACAGGAGAUUCAUGUACUUAAUGUCAAAAUUUCAUGCUGGCAUUUUGCAUGGUGCAAAAAGUGAUUAUGUUUUACUGUUGUCCACUUCUAAACCAGAUGGCUGUUGGUUUAAACAUUGGUGUACAUGUAUGUCAUGAUAUCCAGUGUAAAGCAGCUUUGUUCCUACUGAUUCUAUCAGAGUGAAAAAGAGAGAAGGGAAAUUGCCGUAGCAUCCCAGGAACAGUGCUCAAAUAACAUCCCGUCCUGGACAAAUAUAUUUUCUUGCUCUGCAAGUAACUUUUAAAGCUUUCUUGCCCAAUGGUCAAAGGUUCAAGCAAAUAAUCCUCCACUAAAAUCAGCAAGCAAAAUGUGAGAGCUGCUCGCUCAAAGGACAAGCUGUUUUUUAAUUUUUUUUUUUUUCAAGUUCUUAGAAAUUCUUAAGUCUUGUGUUUUCAUUGUCUUUGGAAAAAUGAUACUACAGUUUAUAAUUAACAGCUGUUGUUAUAAUCACAUAUUUUUAUGGUUUAAUUUGACAGGGGUGGAGACAAAUUAAUUAUCCUUUGGGAUCCUGUAAGUACAACUAAAACACGCUUUAAUACUGUUGAACCUUCUGUCAUGCAUACCACUACGAUGCAGAUGUCAGUUUAUUCAAGACACUUCAGUUGGUCCUGAAGAUACCUAUAUAUUUUUGUUUGACUUUAUAAUGUGCAGUGGUGUCUGUAUUUUAAAAAGAGUUUCAACUACAUUUACAUGAAGCACUAGGUGAAUACGAAGUCUGCAUUGCGACAACUAUAUAAUGAUUCCUGCAUAAGCCGUGAAACGGUGUCUCUGUUCUCUAAUUUUUGGGUUAUACUUUCCGUCAUCUUAAUUUGACUACUACCACUACCACUACCACUAACUACUGACCACUAACCGCUACCCACUAACCACUAACCACUUUUAAUUUUUUCCAUUGAUUUUCUGUGUGGUAGUGCAUGAAAAUCAGUUCAAAACAAUGGAAAUUGAACAAAGCUGGAUAGACUUAUGUUGCUAAAGAGGGUAAUCUUACAUCUAUAAAAAUAACUUCUGACGUAUUCUUAAAAUUUCUUGUGUUUUGUAGUUGGCUGAGGUAUCAUUACUUACUCUGGAGGGACAUACAAGGUAUUGGGUUAACAUUAGUUACCCUGCGGUUGCCUUGAGUGACAUGGAAGCCUUACCACUGUGCUGAUCUUUUAUGUUGGGCUCCCUAAGAUUUCUUUAGAUUACAACCUUGACAGACUCUACCACUGAUAAUAUUUUAUGAUUGGCCAAGAAUGUGGAAUUUAUUUGUAUUUAUAAGUGUGUUUUUAUCAAAAUUCGGGCAAAUGCAGUUUGAGCUUUUUGAACAACACACCUCCCAGUGUAAAUUCCAAAUUGAAUAAUAAAAGUUGCCUGAAAAGUUUCAAAUGAUAUACUUGAAAAGAUUUACCUGCCUGGCUUUGUUUGGACACUUUCUAUAACUUACUAGAUGUACAUUUGUAGUUGUUUUGCUAUACCAUCAAAAUUUGCUUCAAGGAGCUGAAUUGCCCGUCCCUUGUUACAGAACAGGUAUGACCUUUCUCUUUCAAAUGCCUGUCCAAAGCUGUCAUCAUAGCUUUGAAACUGGCGAACUCAAAUCAUCUUCUUUUUUUUUUGUUUGAAUCUUGGUGUAGAUGCGCUCGAGCAGUUUGCUGAGGUUGACAGACUAUAACUCUCAGUUUGCAAAGACAUUCCUUCCUAUUUUCUUCAAUUCUUUCAAACUUCAACUCAAAAAAAAGUCUGCUUUACAGUUUUUUUUUUCAAUUUUCCAAUGGUAUUUUCUACCAUGACAGAGACAAUGAGUAAGUGUCAAUUUUUCAGAUAUGUUACAUGCUGUAGUUUCUCUGUGGAUGGUAACUGGCUAGCCACUGGAUCAAAUGACAGAACACUCAAGCUAUGGAAGAUCUGUCUUACAGAAAAUGGUAUUUCAUUUUUUAAAUGUGUCUUUUAAAGAACUGUAUAAAAACAAUCCAAGGGGUGCGCAAGAGUGGAAGGGGUCCUAAAGUGAAUUCUCCCUCUGCUUCAUGAGCAUUUACAAGGAAAACUGAAAGGGGAAUAAAACAGGUUUAAUCAUAAGUGACUGAUUCCAAGCACUCCUUCAGUUUCCUCUAAAGUUCGUUUGUAUUGGUGGUGUGAUAAAGAAGUACAAAAUAUACAUUCCCUGUUUUGGGUAUUUGUCUCUUUUGAAAACUCGUUAGCUAUCCUUCACGUUUUCUGAAAAGAGCACAAUCCCGUAUCCAAAGAUCCAAAGGCCGAAUGUAAACAGGAUAUAACUCUUUUUUUAAAAUCCAUACUAUAACAGGUGAACUGGACCAGUCUGGUGGAGUCAAUGUAGGAGAGAUGGAACAGAAGAAACCAACAGAAACACAGGCAAACCAGGUAGGGGUAGUGGUAAUUAUGCUUAAACUAGUAACGGAAACCUGUAUUGAACGAUUAGGUAACCAUUCGGACAGAAGUAUUUCUGACUCUAACCACAGCAGUAAAUUCCACACUCGUAACGUGAGCGUGGGACGCCUGUGAUCUAACGACAUUUUACGUCUGUUACUUGUUUUCUGUCAGUCACAGGAAAAUAAGAGAAAGAAACUUGUCACAUGGAGCACAGAUGAAGUGUGCAGCUGGCUUAUUUCUUUGGAACUUGAACUGUACUGUGAAACGUUCCGUCAAAAUGCCAUUGAUGGACAAGAGCUGUUUAAUAUGACAAGUGAAACACUUGCUUCAGAUCUUGGUAUUGGUGAGUAUGAAUGCUGUGUUGGAGAUCAUGCGCAUGCCUUUUUGCAAUCCUUAACCUUGUUAAUUUUACUCAAUUGUCUUACAGUCAGUUAAAGUAAUUCAGUUGCCAGGCCAUGUCAGGGAAUAGACCUUUUUAUCUUGUAUGUUUUGUUUCCCAAUUCAGACCACUUGAUGUGUGCCAGGGAAUUUGCCUUUUGUCUUUUCAUUAAUUAUGCAUACAGAUGCACAGGUUUGGAUACACGUGCAUAGGACGACAUUUGAAAGAAACAGUUCUCUGAGGUACCAUCACGUGGUCUGAAAUGGGAAACAAAACAUUCAAGCUAAAAAGGUCUUUUCAUCCUGCAUUUCCAAGAAUCCCAUGAUAAGGAAAUAUUUAAUCUACAUAUAUAUAUAUGCCUCUUCAUCCCCCACUGCGCACUACGUUUGAACAUUGAACCGACAGUUUCUCUGUGUGAAUUUGCAAUCUUUUGCAAAACAUAAAAUGUGUCAUAGUCCGAUGAUAAUAAUCCAGGGUGGCUGAAGGUGCAUUUUCUUGCCCUUGUAUUUGAUCAGUGGGGUUUUAUUGAACUGCUGAGAUGAACUUAAAGCAAAACCGUCGAUAAUAAAAUGCUACGUUAGAGACUAGAAAACAUGUGAAUUGUCCGAUUGUCAGCAUCAUCAUUCUGAUAAAUUACAGUCCGCAUUACGAAACUUUUCAUUUCUCCAUUUACAAACAAAUCCUUCGUUCGCUUUUACAAUUUUGUAUUCACUUGUUCGCUCUGCUCACUUGUUCAUAACGGCUGAUUUUCAGGUCCAGUAGGCCACCGUAACAAGAUAUUACGGACAAUAAAAGAUAUCAAGAAACAAGAAUUGGAAGAAGACUUUCCUGAUGAAUUCUUAUGUCCUAUAACAAGAGAAGUUAUGUCUGAUCCAGUUAUUGCUGCAGGUAAGCAUAAUUCACUCUUGUUAUUGCAUAACUAACAAAUAAUUCACUUCCUUUACAUGGACGAUAAUUUAAGAAAUGAUCUCUGCUUCAGUAGUUUAGAUUAUAAAGCACCACGCUAACGGCGAACACGUCAUGUUGGCUAGCCGUUUCAAUGUCGUUUGCCGUUCCUUCCUCAGUGGUUUGUUAAGCCUCCCGUCGACACGGCAGAACUGGAAACUUGGAAAAUAGAACUGUAAAUUGUCUAAAAUGCUUGAAAAUUUACUUAGGUAUUGGCUAAAUGUUUCCAUAAUUCUUAAUGUUUCUUUUAAACUAAGUAAAAUAAGCUUACCUAUGUUACAUCAUCGCAAGUGUUCUCAGCGGCCAUUCACUUUGAGUGGACAAAAAAGUACCGAGAAGUUGUCAUCUUUUUUCGCUCAAAUUUGAAACUCAUUUAGCUUUACAAACAGUACGUGUAGAUUAAGAAGAAACAUGAUAAACCAAGCAAUCAAAAUGAAGAAGUAGUCUGUACUAUACCAGUGGGCUGCAAAUACGCACGUUUUCGCGUUUCCUCCAAACGGGAAAAAUGUCCUCCUCGCGUUGAAACGGCGGCCGGUAAAAGCAGAAAAGUCAGGUCACGUGAUCCUCUCUUCCGUUUGCGGGAAAAAAUAGUAAGGAGAAGUCGUUACGUCACGUUGCCAUGAUAGCAAAAUUUUGGGAUGACAGCAAAAUAAUAAAGUCACUUAAAAAACUAUUCGCAGUAUUUCGAACUACCGAUCUUAUUCAAUUUCAUUUAAUUUGGCAACUCUUGCCGAAGGUUUAGAAAAAGAAAGCGACAAUUUUUGUGUUGUGUUGACCUACUCCAUAAAGCGGGCUCGUGAAAUUAGGAAGUUUCAUGUCGUAGUGGUGCAACGACGGUAAAGAAAUGUACAAAAUAGCAUGAUGCACGUGCAAAGUUGUUGUUUAUUAAUAUAAACAUAUCAUUUUUUGCCGUUCUCCUUGCCGUCGCCGUCGUCGUUGGUUUUGUUGUCAUCCAGAAAUAGUGCUACCAUGGUAACGUGACGUCACACUUCUCCUGUCCAUGGGUGGUGCUUUAAUUUCUCGACUGUGUGUGUCCAAUAUUAUGAGUAUUCCAACUCAAACCUUGGCACUUUAUUGAAAAGGAGACAUACGUACCCUUUUGUUCUUUCAGUACAAUGUUUGAUAUCUGAGAUCACUAGAGUAGUAGACAAGUUAACGAAAGUGGUAACUGAUUUUACUGGUUACUACUCUAAAAGAGAGAGAACACCUUUAAGAACUUUUCAUUUCUUUAAAAUCGUCACUACUAUCAUUAGGAUCCGUCUUUAUACAUAAUACCCCGUUAAAAUGACUUCAAUUUGAUCCUGAAAAUUCAAAUCUUUAAAAGCUUGGAAUACUAAUGACAAGUUACAGUAGGAAAAUAAAUUUGCUUUAAGGUGAUUCCGUAGUAAAGGAACCUAACAUAGAUUUUAGCUAAAACUUGGUACACUGAUGUAACAAGUCAAGAAGAUGAUAAAAAAGUAAUAAUAAGUGGGGGUCACCGUGCUCGUUUUGACGUCACAAUGCUGACAAAUACGGCUAUUUAGGACCCUUUUACAAAAAACCGCGGGCAGCGCAAAACUAGACAAAAAGGAGAGAUUUUUUCGAUGAUGCAUGUGACAUCACACAGAAUUUGGCUUUAAUGUAUUGUUUAUCCACUUACGUACCAGAAAAAUGUCUUUUAAUGCCCUUGUUUUUACUUUACGCUCCAAAGUAGAAUUAAAUUGGACGCGCGCUUUUCGACCCGUGAUGGCUCAAUCCGUACAAUUUAGUAAAAUUGCCAAAAAACUGAACAUAGAUUUGUGCCAAUUUUUUNUUAAUAGAUAUUGCACAGUCACGAUGACAUAAACGAUUUCUUAGAGACUAGGUUCUGACUGGUUGUAAAUAAAGCCGAUUUCUCUAUUUGGCGAAGUGGUACAGGGACCAAUUUAAUAACACUUUUACAAGUGUGGCUAUUGUUUUCAUACGCUAAAACAAUAGCUACACUUGUAAAUUACACUUGUAAAAGUUAUUUAGUUUUAUUAACUUGGCCCCAGGCAUUCCUCUAAGAAUAAGUGCUAAAUAAUUGAGGGAAAGGCCUGUCCACGCACUUUUUAUCUGGUGUUUAAUUAAGCGGACUCUUGAGACUCUACAUAAUGCAGGAGAAAGUUGGUUUCACUUUCGCAUUUUGUUCCAGUGUCACUGCGCCUCUUUUGAAGCCGUGCCAGGAAACUGCUAUCUCUCUUCCUGACUAAGAAACUCUCUAAAACUAUAUGACAAGCGCAAAAGAUGAAGAUUGAAAAAUCUAUUUCUGUAUUUACUUAUUAAUAUAUAUUUUUUAAUAGAUGGUUAUACUUACGAGCGUGCCAGUAUACAAGAAUGGCUGACGUCAGGUCGGUUGACCAGUCCCAUGACCAAUGCACCUCUGAAGAGCAAUGUACUGACGCCAAAUAGGAUGCUUAAGCUGCUCAUUCAAAGACAUUUUGAUGGCUUUCUAACUAUUGACGUUUAG